CUGUGUUUAGGACCUGGGAGAAGCCGGGACACUUGAUUUCCUAAAGCAGCAGACUGAGGCGCAGCGCAGAGCACAUUGGUCAUGGCACAAAUAAGUGGCUUUGGACGUCGAUAUUUAAAAGCUUUUGUCAGUGGAUUUUUUGUGGCCGUGCCUGUUACAGUGACAGUCCUUGAUAGAGUGGCAUAUAUUGCACGAGUGGAAGGUGCUUCAAUGCAGCCUUCCUUGAACCCGGAGGGAAGACGGACAUCUGACAUAGUCCUCCUUAAUCGCUGGAGUGUUCGCAACUAUCAAGUACAGCGAGGAGACGUUGUGUCACUAAUAUCCCCGAAAGAUCCACAGCAGAAGAUCAUCAAGCGAGUCAUUGCCCUUGAAGGGGACAUUGUGAAGACAAGGGGUUAUAAAAACAGGCAUGUGAAGAUCCCAGGUGGCCAUUUUUGGAUAGAAGGUGACCACUAUGGCUACAGUUUUGACAGCAACAAUUUUGGACCCGUUUCUCUUGGACUCCUUCAUGCAAGAGCAACACAUAUAAUAUGGCCCCCUCAACGAUGGCAGAAAAUCUAUCCCACACUUCCCAAAGAACAUCGACUCCUUCUCUCUGCAAAUGAUGCUCCCAUGGAUGAGGAUAAUGAAUAAAAAACUAGUAACUGUGGAACGGGCAACUUUAGCAGAAUAAAAAAAUUGCCA